AUGAUUUUCCAUUUAUCCCACUACCAAGACCCGAGCUUGCAUUACUCAUUACUCAGUGCCCAUGGGCAUAAGAAUUGUUCUUCGGAAUUUCAUCACCAUAUUAAAAAAGUUUUGAAGGAGAGGUCUUUCGAAGUGUGUGAGUUUCUCAUUCCAGCACACAUACAUUGUCAUGUACCAGCUGUUUGUAGAGCUCAUCCCAAUGAGAAUUUGUAUCUUCUUUAG